UGAGUUUUUAUGUCUUCCUGGGCCGCAUCUGCCUACUACCCGAAAGCCCUCUCGCUUCUCCCACCGUCGUCGUUGCUACCUCUCAAUAUGUCCAGUUUUCACAGUUGCAGCUGCAAAAAGAGGAAGGACUGAAGGAAAGCACGUUAACUGGAGAGGGUUGAUUUUGGUGGGUGAGGAGAGAAGAGGUGAAAGAAGAGAUGAACAAGAAGGAGAUAUUUAAGCUUGCUAAGGGGUUUCGUGGGAGGGCAAAGAACUGCAUAAGGAUAGCUAGGGAGAGAGUAGAGAAAGCACUGCAGUAUUCGUACAGAGACCGACGCAACAAGAAGCGUGACAUGCGCUCUCUCUGGAUCGAGCGGAUCAAUGCUGGCACCCGCCAACACGGUGUUAACUACGGUAACUUCAUUCAUGGGUUGAAGAAGGAGAACAUCCAACUGAACAGGAAAGUUUUGUCAGAGAUAUCAAUGCACGAACCAUAUAGCUUGAAGGCCCUUGUAGACAUAUCUCGCUCCGCCUUCCCAGGAAACAAGAAUGUGGUUUUCCCUCCCAGGAAGGCAGAGGGUUCAAUUAAUGCAUAAUUCUCUGAGGGAGGCGAACAGGAGCAGUUUCAGGGUUUGCUUGUUUGGAUGCAAGAAUAUGCAGGCAGACAUAAAUGAAAGAUUUUGGCGAGAAACAUGGGAUGUGUUUUGACCAACCCGGCCAAUCUUUAUAUUAUUUUGAAAAUGCCAUAAAUCAAAAUAUCAAAUCAAGAAACAUAAUUUUCUUGAUUCGAUAAAUCGAAAGUGAAGAGUAUUGAAGACAAGACAAGGGAAAAACAAGAAGCCAUAUAUUAUUUUGAUUUUAAUGGUUUGUUUACAUAUUUCAUUACCUUAUGAGUUAUGCCCAUGAAAAAAGAAGAAAGAAGCAGAUUCAUGUUAA